CAAUCCAAUCAUCAACCACCUGACAAACCACCAGGAUGCCUCGAGCCAUAACCCUCAUCUCCCCGCAAACUCCCGCCCUCACCACCAUCCCUCCCCCGACCCUCCGCCCCGGGACUCUCCUCGUCCAGCCCAAAGCAGUAGCCCUCAACCCCACCGACCUGAAGAAAGCCAGCUCGCCCAACACCCCACUCCACCUGCCCCUGGGCUGCGACUAUGCAGGCACCGUCCUCUCCAUCCACCCGGAGACCCAAACCGCCUUCCAACCGGGAGACCGCAUCUUCGGCUUCGUCUCCGGCUGCAACCCACUACACCCGAGCGACGGCUCCUUCUCGACCGCCACGCCCGCCGUCGCCGCGCUGCAAUUCCCCAUCCCCGCGCAUCUUUCCUUCGCCGAAGCAGCCACCUUCGGGAUUGCCCUCACCACCAUCGGCCAGUCCCUCUACCAGACCCUGAACCUCGCCGCGCCGGACGCCCCGCUCGCCACGCCCCUCCCGAUCCUGAUCUACGGCGGGUCCUCCGCGAUGGGGACGAUGGCCAUCCAGUUCGCCAAGCUCUCCGGCUACCGGGUCUUCACGACCUGCUCACCGCGCAACUUCGACCUGGUGCGCGCGUACGGCGCGGACGAAGUGUUCGAUUACCGGGACGACGCCGCCGCCGCCGCGGCGCUCAUCAACAGCAAGACCCAGGAUCGAUUGGGGCUGGUGCUGGAUACGAUUGGCGGGGCGGAGGCGGUCGCCUUCUGUGACCGUGCGCUGUCGAGCCAGGGCGGGGAAUUCGCCACCUUAUUGACUGACACCGUGAUCCCCAGAGCGAAUGUCCGCACGCGAAUCACGGUGGCGUAUACAGCGAUGGGGGAGGAGGUGGAGCUGGGGGGAUUCAGACUCCCGGCCCGGAAGGAGGAUUACGAGUUUGCCGUAGAGUGGACGCGGAAGAUAUCCCCGUUCCUGCAGGAUGGCAGGAUCAAGCCCCAUCCUGUGAGGGUGGUUGAGGGGGGCUUGCAGGGGCUGGUGGACCGAGGGUUUGGGAUUAUGGAGGCGGGAAAGGUAAGUGGGGAGAAGCUGGUGUUUGAGGUUGAAGCUGCGUCAGACUGAAUCGAUCGACGGUCUCGAG